AUGUAUGACUGGCACACCAAGUGGGCUUUCUGGCUCAAGGACAGCUCCAGCAAAAUCUACGAAAUUGACAAAUCAAUCAUGGGUGUGAUUACAGACAGCCCAGACUGUAUUGCCAUGCUCUACCGAGCUGGUGUACUGGGUUGGUAUAUCCGACCACCGUCGAGUAUCCCACACGACAUGACUAUCCAUUACAUCAUCGCUCCUGGUUGGGAAAAAAUGCCAACAGCACACGGUCGUCGGUCAAGCGAGUGUGAUCCACGUGAAUUCACGGACAAAGACUACCCUGGAAUGCCAUUCCCCACCGUGCUCACUGCAUGCCCUCGAAGUGGAGAUUACGUCGUAGCCUGCCAGAGCUGGCGCAAGGGGCAUUUGGGUCCAACCAACGCUCAAGUCGUCGUGACGGAGGCCCCAAGUGGUCCUGCCACGGUGGAGUCUUUUCCAUCCACCGGCUUAAAUCUCGCCAAAUUCAAAGAGCUGGAACUUGAUUAUGUACCACCUCAAUCCCCUGCCUGGAAGAAGGUGUUAGCAGGGGUGGAUACUAAUUCUUGGCACAUCAUCUCUAAUCCUGUUGGGAACAAGCUCCGCGGUUAUCAAUUCCCGGACCCAUUUCUCUUCAUCACUGGCGCCAACCACAGAAGCUUGAUACUGGCUUGGUUGAUGAUGCAAGCUCAGUGGCUUCAAACAAUCAUCAAUGUCGAUACCGCCCCACAAUUGCCUGCGCCACAGCAUUGGCGAAAUUGUCUCUAUGAUUUCGCCAAGGAAAUGUGCUUGCUCCCUCCGUUACCCUCGAUGAGCAAAGUGGCCCAUGGUGGGACUGAUCCAAAUAUUGAGGGACCGCAACCAGACCGCUUUGGACCAGUCCUAAUCGGUCCACAAUGUGAAAAAGACCGGUCCAGACCAGUUGCAACUGGUCUUUUGUUGUAA